GACAGUUGAUUCUUAUAGUCAUAAGUUUUCUCCUAACUACCGAAGGAUACAUACGGCGGAAUUGCAAUCUUCGAAUUGGAUUGCCCACAUAUUUUAUUUUAAAUUAUUUACGAAAAAUGGCUUCACGUUUACUUCGCCCAACCAAUUUGGCACUUGCCAAUGCCCUUAAAAAGAAUUAUUCAACAUUACCAUCAGCUGAUAGUGAAAUCACCACCAAAUCACCAUUGCAAAAGAAAUUCCAGCAUGAAAUUCCAAAAGCUCAAUUCGGUGGAAGACAUGCAGUGUCUAUGUUGCCAGGAGGUGGAAUCGGUCCGGAGUUGAUGUUGCAUGUGCGUGAAAUUUUCGCCAAAAUUGGAGUACCAGUUGAUUUUGAAAUUAUUGACAUUAAUCCAUCGAGCGAAGGCAAUGACGAUCUUGAUUAUGCUAUCACUUCAAUCAAACGGAACGGUGUUGCCAUUAAAGGAAAUAUUGAGACAAAAAGUGAAGCUGUUGACACAAUUUCGCGUAACGUUGCCAUUCGAAAUGAAUUGGAUUUAUAUGUAAAUGUUUUGGAAUGCCGUUCGUAUCCAGAGGUGCCAGCCCGUCAUCAAAAUGUUAAUAUUGCUGUUGUUCGUCAAAAUACCGAGGGAGAAUACGCUAUGUUGGAGCACGAGAGUGUUCCAGGUGUCGUUGAAAGUAUGAAAGUAGUUACCGAUGAAAAUUCCGAGCGUGUUGCUAGAUAUGCUUUCGAAUAUGCCAAAAGUACUGGUCGCACAAAGGUGACCACCAUUCAUAAGGCGAAUAUCAUGAAGAUCUCUGACGGUUUGUUCUUAGAGACAUCACGUCGUGUUGCCAAAGAUUAUCCAAAUAUUAAACACAACGAUAUGAUUAUCGAUAACACUUGCAUGCAACUUGUAUCGAAUCCACAUCAAUUUGAGGUAAUGAACAUGACUAAUUUGUAUGGUACAAUUGUUUCGAAUGUGAUAUGUGGUUUGAUCGGCGGAGCUGGUUUGCUAUCUGGUGCCAAUUAUGGAGAUCACUAUGCCGUGUUUGAGCCAGGAACUCGUAACACUGGAACAUCCAUCGCGGGACGUAAUAUUGCCAAUCCAAUUGCUAUGCUUAAUGCUUCCGUCGACAUGUUGUACUACUUAGGACACAAAACUUAUGCUGACGCCAUUUCAAAUGCAAUUCGCAAAACAAUCGUUGAAGAUCGCAUUCACACACCAGAUUUGGGCGGCAACAACACAUCGAGCGAUGUCAUUCAAAAUAUCUUGAAUCGUUUGGCCGAAGAAGAUAUCCACUGCUGGCAAUUUCAUUGGAAUGAGUCGGACAAGAAUUGAGAAAGAAAAACACGCUCAUACACACCUUGAAAGCAAAAAAAAAGAGACUCACACAUAAAAUUAUGCGCACCCCGUCGUACUAAGGGUUUUAAUUAUAUAAAAUGUUUACGGUUUACAUGAAAAAAUCGAUUUGAAACUUUCAUUUAAAAAAAGAACAGAAGUUGAGAGAGAAUGCGGAAAAAAACCGUCAAAUUUGUUAUAAUUGAAACCUUUACGAUGGCAAUCAAAUAAAAAUAGCACACAUAGAGUUUUUUUCUGUUUUUCAUCCAUUUGAACGAGAAUGGCAACAAAUCAUCCGUACAUCCAUUCGGUUUUGCACUGCAUAAUAAUCAAAUAUUGAUGCAUUACACAAGGCAGACUAGAACGAUUGCAUAUUUAUCCAUACAUAAGUUCCAUGGUCGAGCGCCGAAUGUGCACACUGUUACAUCAUAUAUUUUUUUUGCAUCCGUUCGUCAUACCAUAGAAAAACAAAAUGAAAAAAAGGAAUUUGUACCUACUAAAUAAUAUGCAUCCAUAUUGUUAUGUUCAAUUCAUUAUUAUUGUGCAAUUUCCAUUUUAUUUCCGAUCAUUUUGAUUGUAUCAUUACUAGAAAAUUGCUUUUUCAAUCUAAAGGACAAUAAAAUAUAGUGCCAUAUGAUUGAAAUGUAGCUGAGCUUAUAUAUACUAAUUACUAAUGCCCAUAGAAUAACGUGACUAACCGCUUUUUUUCGAUUUCUUUUUUUUUUCAUAUUUUUUCCCGUAUUUUUUUUUCU